AUGAUGCAUACCAUAUACGCGCAGACCAGGGCAUUGAUCCAAAGCCUGUGCGUCGUAAGAGCAUAUGCACUCGCAACAUCGUCCGCCGCACACAGCGGUUCCAGAGGCCGCCGUGCGCUGGGUUCCGUGGCGUUCAGCUAUUCCAACGUGAAGAAUCAGUGCAAUGCAAAAAAAAGUGAAUUAUCGUCUAGCAAAGUAGAGUCGCAUAUCGGUGUAACAGCACAGUAA